GAGCUGGGCCUAUCUGACAAGCGCUUUCGUAAGCGCGGGAGUUAAUCAGGAUUUAGCAGGUCUGCUACUAUUUGUUGCUACCUCCUGGUGUGUCUAACUCUGAAGCCGGUCGUGGGAGGUGGGUUGAAUUGCUGCAAAGAACCUCGGUGCAUCGGUGAGCAGGGGCAUGGCGUUCAACUUUGGAGCCAGCACUGGGACGCCGGCCAACCAAGGUACAACUGGAUUUUCACUUGGCACUUUUACGCCUAAGACUACUACAUCAGGGUUUGGUUUCGGUACAACUACCACAACUGCAUCAACAGGCUUUGGAGGUGGUUUUGGAGGCUUUGGAACUACUACAACUGCAUCUACUGGGUCAGCUUUUAGCUUCACUACUCCAGCAAACACUACCUCAGGUCUCUUUGGUGCUACACAAAAUAAGGGAUUUGGCUUUGGAACUGGUUUUGGAUCAACUACAACAAACACAGGUCUAGGUACUGGACUUGGAACAGGUUUGGGCUUCAGUGGAUUCAAUACAUCCCAGCAACAGCAGCAACAACAGCCUGUAAUUGGAUGUGGUCUUUUCAACCAAUCUGUUCAAAGCACGCCACAGUCGAACCAACUCAUAAACACUGCUAGUGCUCUUUCUGCGCCAACUUUACUCGGGGACGAGCGAGAUGCAAUCUUAGCAAAGUGGAACCAACUUCAGGCCUUUUGGGGAACAGGCAAAGGCUUUUUUAUGAAUAAUACACCCCCUGUGGAAUUCACCCAGGAGAAUCCAUUUUGUAGGUUUAAGGCUGUUGGUUUCAGCUACAUCCCCAACAACAAAGAUGAAGAUGGUUUGAUAUCUCUUAUUUUCAACAAAAAGGAAUCUGACAUCCGAGGGCAGCAACAGCAGCUAGUGGAAUCUCUGCAUAAAGUCCUUGGGGGACACCAAACAUUGACUGUAAAUGUGGAAGGUGUUAAAACGAAGGCAGAUGACCAGACGGAAGUCAUAAUCUAUGUUGUAGAGCGGUCUCCUAAUGGAACUUCAAGGCGAGUUGGAGCCAGCGCUCUUUUCAGCUACUUUGAACAAGCACAUAUCAAGACUAACCUACAGCAGCUUGGAGUCACAGGUGCAAUGGCUAGAACAGAACUUUCUCCAGCACAGAUUAAGCAACUCAUACAGAACCCUCCUUCAGGUGUUGAUCCAAUUAUCUGGGAACAAGCCAAAGUGGACAAUCCAGAUCCUGAAAGGCUUAUCCCUGUUCCUAUGAUUGGCUUCAAAGAGCUGCUGAGAAGACUUGAAGUCCAAGAUCAGAUGACAAAGCAACACCAGAGCAGACUUGAUAUUAUUUCGGAAGAUAUUGGAGAACUUCAGAAAAACCAAGCUACAACAAUGGCUAAAAUUGGCCAAUACAAAAGGAAACUAAUGGAACUUUCUCACAGGGUACUUCAGGUUUUAAUUAAACAAGAAAUACAAAGGAAAAGUGGAUUUGCUAUCCAAGCAGAGGAAGAGCAAUUACGUGUACAGCUUGACACAAUCCAGAGUGAACUUAAUGCACCAACCCAGUUUAAGGGUAGACUCAAUGAACUCAUGUCACAAAUAAGAAUGCAGAAUCACUUUGGAGCUGUACGGUCUGAAGAAAAAUAUUAUGUUGAUGCAGAUCUUUUGAGAGAGAUCAAACAGCAUCUAAAACAACAACAAGAAGGUUUGAGCCAUUUGAUCGGCAUUAUCAAAGACAACCUUGAGGAUAUAAAACUAAUCGAACAAGGACUCAAUGAUAGUCUUCACAUGAGAACUGGACUCUUAAGCUGACAAGACACACAAACUCUUACAUGUUAAGCGCUGGCAACUUCAAUUCAACAUUUUUCAAUUCAACAUCAGGAACAAGCUUCUGCAAGGUUGUAGUUCCUCUGUUAGCAAUAAAGUAGUUAUCGUAUCUACCACCAUAUCCUUUUGAGAGGAACAUCUCAUUAAAAUAAUAUUAGAAAAUUUAAAUGUCUUUUAUAUUGCUCUUACCAGAUUAAAAUAUUUUUAGAGGC